AUGAGCAGAAAAAAUCAAACUAUGAUAAGGAACCCUAAUCCCCGAAGUAAAAGAAACGAAUUAAAUGAAGAACAAAAAUUAGAAAUUAAGGAAGCUUUUGAUUUAUUUGAUACAAACGGCACUGGAAGAAUUGAUGCAAAAGAAUUAAAAGUUGCAAUGAGAGCUUUAGGAUUCGAACCAAAAAAAGAAGAUAUAAGGAAAAUAAUAUCUGAUGUUGAUAAAGAUGGAUCUGGUACAAUUGACUUUAAUGACUUUUUAGACAUUAUGACAAUAAAAAUGAGUGAAAGAGAUCCUAAGGAGGAAAUACUAAAAGCUUUCCGAUUAUUUGAUGAUGAUGAGACUGGAAAAAUCUCCUUCAAA